AAUAUGGAAAAAGCUGCAUCAGUUGGCAGCGCGUGCUUCGACAGAGAGGUUAUCGAGUGUGCUUUGUGCUUUUGUGCUGGCUGGAACGACACAUACAGUGAAACCGCAGAGAGAUGACCUACCGGGGAGCGUUGACAGUCGGACUGCCCUUCCGGUUCACCGAUGAGCGGACCCUCAAGUUUGUGGAGCUCUAUGGGCGGGAGCCUUGCUUGUGGAACAAGAGGCCCUACCUGAGGGGGGCAAGGAACGCUGCCUACAAGCGGAUCCUGGCCGGGAUCAAUGCCAAUAUUGAUCGGGGGGAAAACGAACUCUCUAUCCAGGGGGUCAAGAUAAAGAUCAAGAAUCUACGAACCAGUUACCAUCAGGAGCUCAAGAAGAUCAAAUCAAGCACUAGACGCUAUCAUCCCAAGAUGCCGUGGUUCGCACCACUGCACAAGUUCCUGGCGGAGUUCGUCGACACGAGCGAUCAAGAUGCUACGGAAACGCCGCAACUAAAGCGACUGUCUGUACGUCUCCACCGCCUGAAGCCUAUAAAGCUGCAGGACGGGGUCAAGCAGGAGCCUGUGGAGGAUAGCGUCACCACAGAGCCGGACACUACUCCAACAGCGCCGCCGUUGGUCACCGUUCUUCCCGUGAACAUGCCAACUGAACAUCAUCCACCCACUCCACCGCCGUCUCUGCCGAAGGUCCCAGAGGUCACCGCAAUGCCAUCCUCAUACUUUGACCGCAACGAGACCCGUGGUGAAGACGAGUUCACAUUCUUUGGAAUGAGCGUGGCUGCCCAGCUCCGUAAUAUGCCAAUAUCCAAUGCCAUGGUCAUGCAGUCCAAGAUCCAGUACAUACUCUCGAUAGAGCGUCGCAAGAUCAUCGGACAUGGGGGCGAGAUGAAUAUUUUUAACUAAUACGCCUUCCUAAUCAACAUGAAGUGAUCGUUAAGUGCUCCUGAUACUCUUACAAAUGAUUUACUACUUCGGUUGUGAUUACGUUAAAGUUUUUUAUAUUAUUUCAACCUCUGAAUAUGU